UGCUCGAUACACAAGUGUUGUGACCGUUUUUGUUGCAGCCGACACAAUCGUCGGAGGGUUUUUCUGGGGAUAAAGGCGAAAAAUAAUAAUUCCAGCCAAAAUGUCGAAGGUGGAAGGAGGAAUGAGAUGUGUCAAAUACCUCCUGUUCGUGUUCAACUUUAUCUUCUGGUUGAUGGGAUCCUUCGUUCUGGCGGUGGGACUGUGGCUGCGCUUCGAUCCAGAAACCGUGUCUCUUCUCAAUGUUGACAAGGCUCCAGACACUUUCUUCAUUGGUGUCUACAUCCUGAUAGGUGCUGGCAGCAUGGUGAUGUUGGUUGGUUUCUUCGGCUGUUGUGGAGCUGUUCGGGAAUCUCAGUGCCUGCUGGGUUCUUUCUUUGCCUGUCUGUUGAUAAUCUUUGGUGCCGAAGUGGCAGCUGGGGUGUUUGGAUUCUUAAACAAGGACAAGAUUAUCAAAGACGUUCAGACCUUCUACACCACAACCUACAACGAAAGCAAUAACAGCACUUUGAUACUGUCAUACCAGAAAGUACUGAACUGCUGUGGGACCAUAGACAGACCCUGCCCUGAACCUGCAACAACUACGAAGGACUGUGAGACCGGCAUCAAGGAUUUCUUCAACAGUAAACUCUACAUCAUUGGAUACGUGGGCAUCGGCAUCGCGGGAGUCAUGAUCAUUGGGAUGAUCUUCAGUAUGGUGCUCUGUUGCGCCAUUCGCAACAGCAGGGAGGUCAUCUAAGCUGGACCUUUGACCUUCACCUCUUCCCAGCCCCAAAAGACUGUACAGCCCUCAGAUCAAAUGUCAACCGUUGCUCGUCAUCCAUCCAGGGACCCAGGAAAUGGAUUGUGAUCAAAAACAUCUUUUCCACUAUGGUGCUGAAACCAGCUCUCCUGGCCUGUUUUUGUAUCUUCUCUUUCACUAUUAUUUGCACUCACAAGCAAAGCAGCACCCUCUACGUUCCAUAGCAUUCUGAUGUGACCAAAACAGCUGGAUCGAUGUGAUUUCUGAUGUUGCCAUGACAAUCCGUCAAAUUGUUUUCCUCCUCAUGGCCAUUUGGUCAACAUUAUAAAUGUUAACCCGCAUACCGUCGCAGCGGUGUCAAUUCUUUUUCACACAGCCUUGACACUGACCCCUCAACUGUGGGAAACUCGAGCCCCGGGAGAGCAAACCCGAGAGGCAAAAGCAAUGUUGUGUUACAUGAGAUCAAAACCUGAAGAAAAAAAAGAGGUUGGCUGGAAUCUCGUAUGUAAUCCUGAACAAAUUCUCUAUUUCGUCCCGAAGUAAGAGCUCCUCGUAUAUGUACGUUCUCUCACGUCAAAUAUUAGUAUUCUUGACUCUCUGUUGACUGUAUUUCAAGAACAUGUGUGUGGAUGUUUAAUGGCUAAAUAUAUGCUAGCCUGUGAACAGGCAGUGGGGCUGUGAAAUUGGAUUAUUCAAACCAGCGGGAAUCUCCCCACCUUCACCUUCUUUCCCCUCUGUGCCUUUUUACAAGUACUCCACCGACAACAAAACAAAAACCCAUUUCAUUCCUCUCGUCUGAUUAUUUCAGGACUGGUAUGUAAAUAUAUGUGACUUGUCUUAUAGUUGUACAUUAUCUGUGGAUGAUGCGAUAGUCCCUAUUUAACAAGCUGUGUGUAGAUAGAUUCUUGCAGUUGUUGUAUAAUGUUCAUGUAGUCAUGACGGUGUUUGCAAUAGUCAAACAAAUCCACACAGCGAACUUACUUAAUGUGCCUUUUUUUUGAUAACGAGCUCUUUGAACAACCGGCUGUCGGAACGUAGCAAAAGAUUGUAGCGUUUGUAAAGUGUACAUAUGUUUGUUUAGUUGGACUACAAGUGAUUGUCACACACAAUCGACUUGCCAUUGUUGUUGUGGUGUGCCACACUUCUUUCCUGCCAAGAGAGCUGAAGUGGUAAAAGCAGCAACAUCUUGGCCAACUAUUAUAAACGCAAUAUUUUAAAAAAGGCUCUUUUUCUCACUCCAGCAUUUGUUCUGAGGAGUAACGCAACCGAGUCACCGUAGUGUUACUUCAUAGGCUCUGCGGGAACCGUUAAGUGUGACUCAAUCCACCAAGCUGUCGCUGUGCUUCUCAGUUCCAUUUUAUUUGUAAAUCUGGAGUGAUAAUGUGUCUAAAACCUUUCAAAGUUAAUUGUGUGUUAACUUAUUUUGAUAAAAUUCCAGGCUUCUCAGGAAGAUAGCUGUCUCAAGUUAAAUAAAGCUUUUAAUGUUUA